AUGGUAAUGGAUGAUUCCACUGAUCUCUUUCCCAUCGGAAUGCGUGUUCUUGCCGUCGACGACGACCCCACUUGCCUCAAAGUCUUGGAAACUCUCCUCCGAAGAUGUGAAUACCAUGUUACCACAACUAGCCAAGCUAUAAUGGCAUUGAAUAUGCUGAGAGAAAACAAAGACAAGUUUGACUUGGUUAUCAGUGAUGUGCAUAUGCCAGAUAUGGAUGGAUUUAAGCUGCUUGAACUUGUGGGGCUUGAGAUGGACCUUCCUGUCAUAAUGUUGUCUGCGUAUGGUGAUACGAAGCUGGUGAUGAAGGGGAUUUCUCAUGGUGCUUGUGAUUAUCUGCUGAAACCUGUGAGAUUAGAGGAGUUAAAGAAUAUUUGGCAGCAUGUGAUUAGGAAGAAGAAAUCUGAUUCAAAGGGGAAAAACAAAACCAGUAAGCCAGAUAACGCUACUUCUGAUAGUUGCAGCGGACUGAGAUCAGCGGGAACUGAGAAUUCAGAUGAAAAUGGAAGGCUGGCUAAGAAAAGGAAGGAUCAGGAUGAAGAUGAAGAUGAGGAUAAAGAGAAUGGUAACGAUAAUGAAGACCCAUCAGCUCAGAAGAAGCCCCGAGUUGUUUGGUCUGUGGAGUUGCACCGCAAGUUUGUCGCUGCUGUAAAUCACCUAGGCAUUGACAAGGCUGUACCCAAAAAAAUUCUUGAUAUGAUGAAUGUCGAAAAUAUUACAAGGGAGAACGUGGCUAGCCAUCUCCAGAAGUAUAGACUUUAUCUGAAAAGAAUUAGCUGUGUGGCAAACCAACAAGCUAGUAUGGUGGCAGCCUUAGGGAGUGCUGAUCAAUCUUAUUUGAGAAUGGGUGGUUCUGGACAUUUUCACAAUAAUGCUUUCAGAUCUUUUUCGCCUAGUGGGAUCAUUAGUAAUCUGAACUCUCCGGCUGGUCUGAAUGGACACGGAUUUUCUCCAUCCGGACUACUUCAGUUGGGCCAAUCACAAAGUUUAAACAAUUCUUCCGGUGAUCAAUUUAAAUUCCAGUCGGCCAUAACUCCCGUUAAUCAGAAUAUUCUUCAGGGUAUGCCAAUGUCUAUAGGGUACGAUCACUUGCAAAACAGCAAAGGUGCUAUUUCUCUUCAAAACAUGAAUACUGAUGUAAAACCAACUUUUCCCAUCCCAAGUCAAUUCCCGGAUCAAAGACCUAGAGUAACUACCUCUAGUUUUCAUCCUCCGAGUCUCGGUAUCUCAAACAAUGCCUUGAUGUCAGAAACACGCCCUGAAGGAAAACGAGGUAUAGGAAUAGGGUAUGAAAGUUCAUCAUCUUCUUCAUUAGCCUCUCAACAUUCAGAAUUUUACCCUGAAGGAAAACGAGGUAUAGGAAUAGGAUAUGAAAGUUCAUCGUCUUCUUCGUUACCCUCUCAACAUUCAGAUUUUUCUUUCAGUAUGCUGGACCAAGGUAGGCGAACUGAUAAUUGGUCAAGUGCUGUGCAGUUAUCCGGGAUCCAGACAAAUUCUUUUCCUUCAAGUGAAUGCUUUAGACAAACACCUAUUUCUCCUUCAGAUAACGUGGCUUCUUUGCCCUUGCAAGGGGUGUAUCCGGGUGGUCAAACCCAUUGUUCAUUGGCAGAUAUGCACUCCCAAGGAGGGAUUUUUACUAGUCCACCUGAGUAUAUAAACAGUAAUUUACCGUUUCAAGGAUGGGAAGACCAUAAUCAGGAUGCUCCUUACCACUCAAAUGUUACUUGUGGAUCAAUUAACUCUCUGCCUCCAGUUAACGGUGCUAUUGUUCCCCUAGGCCAAACAACAACGAACUCGACCUUGCACAGAAGCAUGGACACUAAGUUUUGUGAUUCCAUACAAAUGAAGCAUUCUGGAUUCGCUGAAUGCUCCACAUCAAGACAACCUCGAGCGAAUAUCGUAAGCCAGCAGCAGUUUUCUAAUAAUCUCGGUUCAUUGGAAUACUUGGCAAGUUCAAUGAUGGAACAGGAGCAAGAUAAGAUGAAAUUAUUGGGCGGAGACUUCAUAUGCGAUAGCUACUCUGGCGGGGUAUCUUUGUGA